CGUGCGCCGGGCCCGCGAUGGCGGCGGGGCCUGGGGCGGCCGCGGCGGCGGCGCUGAGCGGGGCGGGCGCGCUGCGCUUCGGGCACUUCGUGCUGAAGAGCGGCCGCUCCUCCCCCGUGUACAUCGACCUGCGCGGGCUCGUGUCCCACCCGCGCCUCCUCCGGCAGGUUGCGGGACUUCUUUUCCAGGCAGCCCAGGAUGCGGGUGUGCGGUACGACUGCGUGUGCGGCGUUCCGUACACGGCGCUGCCGCUGGCCACCAUCAUCUGCGCGGAAAAUCAGGUUCCCAUGCUUAUUCGGAGGAAGGAGGGAAAGGACUACGGUACUAAGCGGAUGGUAGAAGGCACCAUUAAUCCAGGAGAGACAUGCCUGAUCAUUGAGGAUGUGGUAACAAGUGGAUCCAGUGUACUGGAAACUGCAGAAGCUCUUCAGAAAGAAGGAUUAAAAGUCACGGAUGCCAUAGUGCUGUUGGACAGGGAGCAGGGUGGGAAGGCCAGGCUAGAGGAGCAUGGAAUUCGCUUGCACUCUGUGUGCACCUUAUCUGAGGUGCUGGAGAUUCUCCAGCAGCAGGGAGAAGUGGCUGCUGAGAUGGUUGAAAAGGUGAAGAAAUUCAUUGAGGGAAAUGUGUUUGAGGCAGUGGCUCAGAACGGUGCUGCUCCUGUAAAGAGACUCUGCAAGGAGCUGAGCUUCAGCGCUCGUGCCCAGCUGCCAGGGGUGCAUCCCAUUGCAGCCAAGCUUCUCAUGCUCAUGGAAAAGAAGCAAACAAACCUGUGCCUUUCUGCUGAUGUCACCAGCCCCAAGGAGCUGCUGCAGCUAGCUGCCACCCUGGGCCCUAGCAUCUGCAUCCUGAAGACUCAUAUAGACAUCCUGAAUGAUUUCACCCAAGAGGUAGUAAAGGAGUUGAGAACGCUCGCAGAUCAACAUGAAUUCUUGAUUUUUGAAGACAGGAAAUUUGCAGAUAUUGGACACACAGUCAAACACCAGUAUGAAGGUGGCAUGUUCAGAAUCGCGUCCUGGGCGGACAUCGUCAAUGCCCACGUGGUUCCAGGCUCUGGAGUUGUGAAAGGGCUGAAGGAAGUGGGUCUCCCUCUCCACCGUGGCUGCCUCCUGGUUGCAGAGAUGAGUUCCCAAGGGUCCCUCGCAACGGGUGAAUACACAAAAGCUGCAGUACAGAUGGCUGAAGAAAACUCAGAUUUUGUUUUUGGAUUCAUAUGUGGAUCUAGAGUUAGUAAUAAACCAGAAUUUCUUCACUUAACCCCAGGAGUGCAGCUGCAAACUGGAGGUGAUAACCUUGGACAGAAGUACCUAAGCCCCAAGGAAGUUAUUGGUGAAAAAGGCUCAGAUAUCAUUAUUGUGGGACGUGGCAUCUUAGGAGUUUCAGACCGUCUCCAAGCAGCAGAGAAGUACAGAAAGGCAGCAUGGGAGAGCUACAUGAGCAGGAUUGGUGUUCCUGCAGAAGACUGAAAACCACACGCUGUCCUAGCCAGCAAGCAAAGCUGAUGGAGCUGCAGCCGUCAUGAGGGGUCCAGUUAAAUACAUGGAGUUGUUUUAAUUGUACACACAGUGGUCAAAUUGUACUUGCCAUUGUUGUUUUUUUUGAUAUUUGAAUGUAAGAAAGUAGAACUUCAUGCCCAUUUUUUAGCCUUAGUAGGCUUUCUUGUUUGAAAAAUAUUACACAAAACACUCCAAGGGUAUUUUUUUUGGCUGUUGUUGCCUUCAUCUCUUUUCCCCACCCUCAGAUUUUUUCUGGCUGUGGAAAUGGUAUUUUGUUAUGUUCUUAAUAAACUUCACCUGCACAUUUGAUGUGCUGUCCCCACCUUCACAGGUUUUUUCAGCUUCCCUGUUUCCAAGGAGCAAGUGCAGGUUUAAUGCCACACUCUGAAAUUGAAUUAUGUGGUGUUUAAUAAAUACUUUUUUGCUACCAUUUUCCCUUUUCACUGGCUCUAUGUGUCUUUGUUCUGUGGCAGAAGUAUAAUAAAAAAUCAUUCUGUGUCUGUGA